AGACAUGUCUGGAGGUGUCUUUCCAAGGACCAUUAUUCGUAUCGCCCAAAUGUUCUUUGUGAAACAGUUGAGCGAUAUGUCGUUCUUACGUAGAACGGUUCUACGAAAGACCCUUUCAUGCAACAGGCCCCUGUUCUCCGGGCCUGCUGUAAGGUAAGAAGACUUGACCUUUUUAGAGGUCAACUGCGCAGGGUAUAAUACGCGCCGUCUUUGGCCUGGUUCUGAUCACGAACACUACACCUUUUGAAGCCAUACCGUAUUCUCACAGUCAGCGAGUCAUAGAUCUCUCCAGCUCCACGUGUUAGCCCGUUGCAGCUAAUAGAAUCUCGUUCAACAGCAAGACUUCGACGAUUUAAGAUGUCUGAUUCAAAACCCUUCCGGGUCAUCAUGUGGUGUGUACCACGUUCGAUAUCGACUGCCAUCGCCAAGUGUUUCAGUUUUAUUGAUAACACAGAGGUAUGGUUUGAGCCCUACUGUCUAGCCUUCUUUCAAGACUUUAUAUUGAAAGGAAUGGGCGUUCCUCUUCCGAGGAGCUGUGGUGAUUUUGACCCGGAGGCGUUCUCAGGUCCAUUAAAAGCCAUGAUGAAAGGCUCUCCCAUGGAACAUGUUUUCUUGCCAGAAAAGAUGGACGUGUCACUAAUGUUGCGCGAUGGGAUAAGGCAACAGCUUGAAAGUCAACCAGACAAACCUACAUUCAUCAAGGACAUGGCGUAUGGCGUCACAGGGUACCUAGAUCUCUUACCCAAGAAAGAGGCAGGUUACAAACACACGUUUCUGAUCCGUGAUCCUGAGCGGAUGUUCCCUUCCUGGAGAACCCUUCUGAUAACUCAGGUUGCCGAGAUGCCAAUGCCGGGAAGGAAACAUGUCGACCCUGCUACCUUCGACAUGACCACAGAUGUGCCAUUCAUGAUGCCAGGCUACACCUACAAAUGUCAAUAUGACCUCUGGAAGCACGUCAAGGAGAACUUUGACCCAAACCCUGUGGUCAUUGAUGUCGACGAACUGUUGGCCAAUCCUGCGGAGAUGCUUCCGAAGUACUUCAAAGCUUGUGGAAUGCCCUGGGAUGCUAAGUAUCUCCAGUGGGAUGCUAGCCCAGACAUAGUGAAGACUUGGCGGUGUAUAUUUCCCAUGUCCGGGACCGGAGCGGAUGGCACUAUACGUCUUGCCCACCAGAUAGCCUUUGAAAGUUCUGAAUUCCGAGCAUCGAAACCAAAGCUUCCUCGAUCAGAGAUGACCCCGGACACAAUCAAGGCUAUAGACGCCACAGCAGACUACUACAAAGAAAUGGCCGAAACAAGGAUCAAAGCUUAAGAAAAUUCAAAUGCAUGAUGAAAACAUACUUUUUGUAUUGCUGCCGGGAUAAUGAUGAAAUGUUUAUUUUCAGUUGUACUAUUAUAGAAAUUUUAUUCUAUGAACAUGGUGAAAUUAAUUACAUCAGGAAACGAACAGAGUGUAAUAUUAAAGUCACACAAGGAAACCGCCCCCAGACCGAUAAUGACCAAAGCUGGAAAAAACGUACACAGUAAAAAAAACAAUAAAAUGAAAAGCACGUCGUUUAAGCCUGUCACUCUAACAACAAGUUGUUUUAACAUUUUUUUGUAAUCGUUUAAACUUUUUAAAUGACCCCCCAUAUGUUCAGAUACACUCUUAAAAAUGUUGGGCAACAUACUGUUCACACAACAAUUGGUUAAAACUUUAUCCAAUUCUGGGUAGUUUGAAACCAAUAAUGUGUGCUCAGGGUGAAAACUACCAGAGUUUGAUAUUUUUUAACCAAUUGUUGUGUGGACAGUAUGUUGCCCAACAUCUUAAGAGUGUAAUCAUCUAGUCAUGUCUACUUAUAGGGAAAAUAUGGGGUUACGAGAUCUCGGAUCCCGUCAUGUCGACACCACGUGGGAGAGAUGAUCAUAUGACAAUAUCUUGGAUCUCGUGGUGUCUACUUUCUCUUAUUUUUGUUGUCGCUUAUUCGUUUUAUUUUGAUAUUUGUGGAUUACUUGUUUUGAGUUUGGUUUCUGUGUCCGUCUCAAUUUUUGUAUAGAGUUGUAUAUAUAGUUUGUUUAUAAUUAGUAUUGAAACUAAUUUUAGGGGCUUGCCUUCUCUACAAGCUUUUGCUUUUCUUGGCAAGUCCCUCCGUUCAUUUCUUGUUUCUUUUCAUUGAUAAAAUUACUGCAACAAAUUGUAGUUUUGUUUAAUUUAUAUUCAACAUUUGUUACGAAAUUUCAUUGAUUUGUCUGUAUUAUCGAUUAUAUUGAAUAUGUAUUGUUACUUUGAUUAUAUUUUGAAACAAAUUGUUGAACGGAAAUAAAAUCUAAAUCUAAAUCUACAACCUGUGGGGAUCACAUGACAAGAUCUCGGAUCUCGUCAUGUCUACAUUCCGUGGGAGAUAUGAUGAGAUGCCAUGAUCUUUUAUAGAUCUCGCCAUGGAUACAUCCCAUGGGAGAGAUGAUCAGAUGACAUGAUCUUAUAGAUCUCGCCAUGGAUACAUCCCGUGGGAGAUAUGAUGAGAUGCCAUGAUCUUAUAGAUCUCGCCAUGGAUACAUCCCGUGGGAGAGAUGAUCAGAUGACAUGAUCUUAUAGAUCUCGCCAUGGAUACAUCCCGUGUGAGAGAUGAUCAGAUGACAAGAUCUUAUAGAUCUCGCCAUGGAUACAUCCCGUGGGAGAGAUGAUCAGAUGACAAGAUCUUAUAGAUCUCGCCAUGGAUACAUCCCGUGGGAGAUAUGAUGAGAUGCCAUGAUCUUAUAGAUCUCGCCAUGGAUACAUCCCGUGGGAGAUAUGAUGAGAUGCCAUGAUCUUAUAGAUCUCGCCAUGGAUACAUCCCGUGGGAGAUAAUGAGAUGCCAUGAUCUUAUAGAUCUCGCCAUGGAUACAUCCCGUGGGAGAUAAUGAGAUGCCAUGAUCUUAUAGAUCUCGCCAUGGAUACAUCCCGUGGGAGAUAAUGAGAUGCCAUGAUCUUAUAGAUCUCGCCAUGGAUACAUCCCGUGGGAGAUAAUGAGAUGCCAUGAUCUUAUAGAUCUCGCCAUGGAUACAUUCCGUGGGAGAUAAUGAGAUGCCAUGAUCUUAUAGAUCUCGCCAUGGAUACAUCCCGUGGGAGAUAAUGAGAUGCCAUGAUCUUAUAGAUCUCGCCAUGGAUACAUCCCGUGGGAGAUAAUGAGAUGCCAUGAUCUUAUAGAUCUCGCCAUGGAUACAUCCCGUGGGAGAUAAUGAGAUGCCAUGAUCUUAUAGAUCUCGCCAUGGAUACAUCCCGUGGGAGAGAUGAUCAGAUGACAAGAUCUUUGAUUCAUAUACAUCCCGUGGGAGAGAUGAUCAGAUGACAAGAUCUUUUGAUUCAUAUACAUCCCGUGAGAGAGAUGAUCAGAUGACAAGAUCUUUGAUUCAUGAUCUUGUAGACAUGACGAGAUGAUUAUCUGAACAUCGGGGUGGCACUUUUAUUCUUCCAUACUAUUGUCUGCUUUCUGUGUGUGAUCUUUAUGUAUAUAAAUCUUCAAAUACUGGUGCAUUCUAGAAUAUCGCUUGACGAUCAUUUUGAUACAGAGUAGCUUGUCGUAGAUUUGUGUUCUGUGAUGUAGAAGACACGAUAUAUUAUCAUUUUAAUGCGUUAUUUCAUCUGUAAAUAUGUGGCAACGAGGUUUAAGAACUUAUAUUAAAUUAGCAAAAAGCAUAAUUUUGUAUUGUCACAUGGACAAAAUCAUGAUAUUGAAUGUAUUACAUGUGUUAAAAUUAUAUGACU